AUGAACUCCCUCCGCUCCGGCAAGAACUGGGUCUCCAGCAAGGUGCAGGGCCACUCUGCUCAGGCACAGAAGGAGACGAACAAAGCCAUCGCAAAGGACCCCAACGUGCGCACCAGUGAGCGUGUGCGGGCCGCAGGCAACGCUGUAGCCAACUCCAUCGAUGAGCACAGCCAUAAGCGAAAUGCGGAUGUGAACAAACACACCGCCAAACACAAUUACUAG